UUUGGGUCCCCAUCCGGUCUCCCUAAACCCCCUCCUUUCCAAAUGCCAUAUUAAAUAAUGGAAACCACGCAGACACCAGUGCAGCUUUUGAAGGCGACAGCAUCUAAACAGGGAGAGGAGAGGACCCAAGCUCACCAUCCUCAGCACAGGGACCACUUACUAACUCUCGGGUGAGCAGUUAUUUGGGGGCGCAUGCGCACAGAUUUCACUACCAUUAGUUUAGAUGAUUGGAACUUGGUUUCUAAAUACUAUAUGUGUGCAGUGUGACAGUGGGUUUGUGCAUGUGAGUGCAGGUGCCGAUAGAGGCAGAAAAAAGAAAAAGAGGGGGGCAUCUGAUUUCCCUGGAGCUGGAGUAACAGGUGGUUGUGAUCUGCGCGUCAUGGGUGCCAGGAACUGAACUCGGGUUCUCCGAAAGAGCAGUCCAAAGUACGUACUCUUAACCACUGAGCCAUCGCUCUACCCCAGACCGUCAGAACUUGAAAUCCUGCCAUGACCUGGUGUCAUCCUGGCUAACGAAGGUGGACACUGGGUCCCGCGGAGGGGAAGAGACUUUCUCAAGGUCACAGCGCUGCCUAGUUACAGGGCAAGUAACUUUCUUUAGUAAAAGCUAUGAGAAAAACAAGUUUGUUUUUCUCUCGUUUUACCCUCUUAUUUACUUAUGACGCAGGUAUGAGCUAAAGGUUUCGUGCUUUGUCAGCGCAGACAUUUGGUCUAUGGAAGAUGAGGUUAGCAUUCCAGUCUUGUCUCUGUCAUUGGCUGCAGGAGCUUGGAUGAGCCACAGCCCAUCCUGAACCUCAUUUUCCCCCGUCUACAAUAGGAGGAGUUGAAUAAAAUCCCCUCCAAAAUCUGAGUUCUGCCUUGCAGUUCUUAGCAAGCCAGGUUCCAUGCUUGCCUGAGACGUCUGCUGAAUCCUGGGGCUGUCCUAUCUCUCCUCCAAGGUGAUCUUGCUGUGUGCCCUAGAAGAGGGCCAAAGGAGCCAGCAGAGUCUGGUGCUCUCGGGGCUUCUCCUCGGGCAGCCUCCGGAGCCUUCUAGCUCUCAGAGCUCCGGAGCACAUGCAUCAAAAUAGUUGUGUGAUGUCAUGUCAUAAUGGGAGUGUGCUCUGACCAAUGGGUGCCAAGAAUUGUCUGUUCGGGGUGGUUUCCUUUUACAGCCUUCUUAAAGAGACAUCACGCAGAUCUGCACAUGACUGGCAGGCGAGUGCCGCCUCUGCCUACUUGGGCCCCCCUCCUGCUUUAAGUUGAAAGAGAAUAAAUAACCGGGAACUUGUCGGUGAGCCGGUGACCUUAACUACAUAAACAGAUCCCCUGCAAGGUUCUGUUCAGGGCUCCGGUGGCUUCUUGCCUACUUAAGGACAGGCGAGACUGAUACUCUGGCUGCCGGCAGAGGAGAGGUACAGCCAGCUGGGACUGCGUUCGCUCAGGACUCUCGGAGACUGCUGGGAGAUUACCUGUGGCUGCUAGGCUGGUCCUGGAGCAGGGCCCUCGCCUCAUCUUAAUCUGAGAGAUCUUGGUGAGGACACUCAGACCCACAGGCUGGGGCUGAGCUUGAUGCCUCUCGGAGCGGUGGCGAGCUGUGACUCCCAGGUGCCCUGCACCUGCCAGCUGAUGCUGCUCCCCUUCUGGUGAAACCCCUCUUCCUCAGCUGAGGCUCAUGCUGGUUCUUCAAGUCCUGAUAUGUUCACCUGUCACUGCUCCUGUGGCCACAGUGACUCAUGAAGCGCUUUGGGAGUCUGAGGGGCAACAAGAAACCCAAGGACCAAAACCGAAGCACCCAGCGGCGCCAGUCGGAACCCCACGGUCUUUUUGCCUCCAGCGUCUCCUCUUCUCCAUCAACACCCACCCAAGUGACCAAGCCUCACCCGUUUCCUCUGGAGUCCUACAAGCAGGAGCCUGAACGCCUAGAAAACCGCAUCUAUGCUUCCCCGUCCCCACCGGACACCGGCCAGCGCUUCUGCCUGGCCUUUCAGAGUCCGGUGCGGCAGCCACUGGCAUCCCCCCCACACCAUGUUCCCCUAAGAACCGCGGCGCUGGCGGCGGACCCGGGACCCGCGGAAGCCGGCAUGCUGGAGAAGCUGGAGUUCCAGGAGGAAGCAGAAGACUCAGAAAGUGGCGUUUAUAUGCGAUUCAUGAGGUCACAUAAGUGUUAUGACAUCGUUCCAACCAGUUCAAAGCUUGUUGUCUUCGACACUACAUUGCAAGUUAAAAAGGCCUUCUUUGCCUUAGUAGCCAACGGAGUCCGCGCAGCGCCUCUGUGGGAAAGUAAAAAGCAGAGCUUUGUAGGGAUGCUCACUAUUACAGACUUCAUAAAUAUACUACACAGAUACUAUAAAUCACCUAUGGUACAGAUUUAUGAAUUAGAGGAACAUAAGAUUGAAACGUGGAGGGAGUUAUACUUACAAGAAACCUUCAAGCCUUUGGUGAAUAUCUCUCCAGAUGCAAGCCUCUUCGAUGCUGUAUACUCGUUGAUCAAAAAUAAAAUCCACAGAUUGCCAGUUAUUGACCCUAUCAGUGGGAAUGCACUUUAUAUACUUACCCACAAAAGAAUCCUCAAGUUCCUCCAGCUUUUUAUGUCUGAUAUGCCAAAGCCUGCCUUCAUGAAGCAGAACCUGGAUGAACUUGGAAUAGGAACGUACCACAAUAUUGCCUUCAUUCACCCAGACACUCCUAUUAUCAAAGCCUUGAACAUCUUUGUGGAGAGACGGAUAUCAGCGCUGCCCGUGGUGGAUGAGUCAGGAAAAGUUGUAGAUAUUUAUUCCAAGUUUGAUGUAAUUAACCUUGCUGCUGAGAAAACCUAUAAUAACCUAGACAUCACGGUGACCCAGGCCCUGCAGCACCGCUCACAGUACUUUGAGGGUGUGGUAAAGUGCAAUAAGCUGGAAACACUGGAGACCAUCGUGGACAGAAUAGUAAGAGCCGAGGUCCAUCGGCUGGUGGUAGUGAAUGAUGCAGAUAGUAUUGUGGGUAUUAUCUCCCUGUCAGACAUCCUGCAAGCCCUGAUCCUCACACCAGCAGCAGGUGCCAAACAGAAGGAGACAGAGGCCGAAUGACCCCCGUGAAUGUAGACACCCUCACAGGAGAACUUGAACAAAGUCUCGGGGUCGCGUUUUGCCUCAUGAACACUGGCUGCAAUGGAAGAAAAUAAAGUGGCUAAGAAUGUAUAUCAGGGUUUGGCGAUGGGUAUUUUUCCAGUGAUUUGUAAGCAUAGGAAAAGAUUUUAUGUGCUUGAAGAUUCAGGCUUACCUUCAAAGACUGUCCUCAGACCCCCCCUUCCGAGGGGUUUCCAAUGCUGUAUGUCAUUAAAGUGCACUGUGUCUGAAAUUA